CUUUUACUUUGAAGGAUAUCAUUUUAACUUCCGGAGGCUACCGCUAGCCCCGCCUACUUUUUGCACGCAGCCGUCCUUUUGAGUACUUUCUUGUCUUACCAGUAACAGAUCUUAGCUCUGACAAGUUCUUCACGGCACCAGACCAGGACAGUCAUUUGCCACCAACAUCAUGUCUGCUGGAAACGCUAAGAUUGGCAAGGCUGCCCCAGACUUCAGCGCCACAGCUGUAGUGGAUGGGCAGUUCAAGACCAUCAAGCUGUCCGACUACAGAGGGAAGUAUGUGGUCUUCUUCUUCUACCCACUGGACUUCACAUUUGUGUGCCCCACUGAGAUCGUGGCUUUCAGUGACAGGGCAGAUGAGUUCCGCAGUGUGUCCUGCGAGGUCAUUGGCUGCUCUGUAGACUCUCACUUCAGUCACUUGGCAUGGAUCAACACACCUAGGAAGGAGGGAGGUCUGGGUGCCAUGAAGAUCCCCCUUGUGUCAGACCUCAGCAGGACCAUCUCCACUGACUACGGUGUGCUGAAGGAGGAUGACGGCAUCGCUUACAGGGGUCUGUUUGUGAUUGAUGACAAGGGCAUCCUGAGGCAGAUCACCAUCAACGACCUGCCUGUGGGUCGCUCCGUGGAUGAAACUCUGCGUCUGGUCCAGGCUUUCCAGCAUACUGACAAAUAUGGAGAAGUGUGCCCUGCUGGCUGGAAACCUGGAAGUGACACCAUCAUCCCUGAUGUUGAUAAGAGCAAGGACUUUUUCUCCAAGCAGUAAACGUGAAGAACUUCUGGCUGACUACAUCUAGCACUUCCCUGCAGUUAAGAGGUGUCCCUUUGAAGCAGUAUCUCAUGUCGUCCGACAAAAUUUAAAAAGCUGUUACUCAGAUUCUUUGUUACAAAACUUAUCUUCGUAUGUCCAGUGUACAAUUGUUGGGGAGACCUCAUAGUCUGAAGCACUGAAAGUAUAGUUUUGUUCCUUUUUCAAAAAAGUAUUAAUGUUUUUUCCCUCCUUGUCUUGAAUUACUUGUUACCAUCUUAAUUAAACAGUGGGAAAAAUAA